GGCCUCCCUCCUGGGCUGGGACUCCAGCCGGCAGCAGAGCAGAGCCCACUUCUCUCCCGGUAUCAGUUACAGCCAGCCCACCCUGCCCCCUGCCCCCGGUGGAUGGUGACAGGCAGGCCUGUGCCAUGAAGCUGCCCCUGGCUAUGCUCCUCCUGCUACUGCAGGCCGGCUGGGCCACCGCGCAGGACGAAGCGGCCGUGGGGAGGGCCAUCGCCUUCCAAGACUGCCCCGUGGACCUCUUCUUUGUGCUGGACACAUCCGAGAGUGUGGCUUUGCGGCUGAAGCCCUAUGGGGCCCUCGUGGACAAGGUCAAGGCCUUCACAAAGCGCUUCAUUGACAACCUGAGAGAAAGGUACUACCGGUGCGACCGCAGCCUGGUGUGGAACGCGGGUGCACUGCACUACAGCGAUGAGGUUGAAAUCAUCCAGGGCCUCACCCGCAUGCCCAGCGGCCGCGAUGCGCUCAAGGCCCAGGUGGACGCGGUCAAGUACUUUGGCAAAGGGACCUACACAGACUGUGCCAUCAAGAAGGGGCUGGAGGAGCUGCUGGUCGGGGGCUCCCAUCUGAAGGAGAACAAGUACCUGAUCGUGGUGACAGACGGGCACCCCCUGGAGGGCUACAAGGAGCCGUGUGGGGGCCUGGAGGACGCCGUGAACGAGGCCCGGCACCUGGGCGUCAAGGUCUUCUCCGUGGCCAUCACGCCCGACCACCUGGAGCAACGCCUGAGCAUCAUCGCCACGGACCACACGUACCGGCGCAACUUCACAGCGGCCGACUGGGGGCAGAGCCACGACGCGGAGGAGGCCAUCAGCCAGACCAUCGACACCAUCACCGAGAUGAUCAAAAACAACGUGGAGCAGGUGUGCUGUUCCUACGAAUGUCAGCCCGCCAGAGGACCUCCUGGACCGCGGGGUGACCCUGGGUACGAGGGCGAACGAGGGAAGCCAGGUCUCCCGGGAGAGAAAGGAGAAGCCGGGGAGCCGGGGAGGCCCGGGGACCUCGGACCCGUCGGCUACCAGGGGAUGAAGGGAGAAAAAGGGAGCCGCGGGGAGAAGGGUUCCAGGGGACCCAAGGGCUACAAGGGUGAGAAGGGCAAGCGUGGCAUUGAUGGUGUGGAUGGCAUGAAGGGGGAGUCGGGCUACCCCGGGCUGCCAGGCUGCAAGGGCUCCCCUGGACUUGAUGGCACUCAAGGACCCCGUGGGCCCAAGGGUGACGUGGGCGCUCUUGGACUGAAAGGAGAAAAGGGUGCACCCGGAGCCGACGGGGAGCCUGGGAGACAGGGCAGCACAGGGCCCCAAGGAGAGGAGGGCGAGCCCGGAGAGCCCGGAGCCCCGGGAGAGAAAGGAGAAGCUGGCGAUGAGGGAAACGCAGGACCAGAUGGUCCCCCUGGAGACAGGGGCGGCCCUGGGGAAAGAGGUCCCCGGGGGACCCCAGGUGUGCGGGGCCCAAGGGGAGACCAGGGCGAAGCUGGACCCCAAGGUGACCAGGGACGAGAGGGCCCCGUUGGCACCCCUGGAGACCCGGGAGAGCCUGGCCCCAUUGGACCUAAAGGGUACCGAGGCGAUGAGGGCCCCCCAGGGCUCGAGGGUCCCAGAGGAGCCCCAGGGCCCGCAGGACCCCCCGGAGACCCCGGGCUGAUGGGCGAGAGGGGUGAAGACGGCCCCCCGGGAAAUGGCACCGAGGGCUUCCCCGGCUUCCCCGGCUAUCCCGGCAGCAGGGGCCUUCCCGGCAUAAAUGGCACUAAAGGCUACCCUGGCCUCAAGGGGGACGAGGGAGAAGCCGGGGACCCCGGAGAGGACAACAACGACAUUGCACCCCGAGGCACCAAAGGAGCAAAGGGGUACCGGGGCCCUGAGGGCCCUCAGGGACCCCCAGGACACACAGGACCACCAGGGCCAGAUGAAUGCGAGAUCUUGGACAUCAUCAUGAAAAUGUGCUCGUGCUGCGAGUGCAAGUGCGGCCCCAUCGACAUCCUCUUCGUGCUGGACAGCUCAGAGAGCAUCGGCCUGCAGAACUUCGAGAUCGCCAAGGACUUCAUCAUCAAGGUCAUUGACCGGCUGAGCAGGGAUGAGCUGGUGAAGUUUGAGCCCGGGCAGUCCCAUGCGGGCGUGGUGCAGUACAGCCACAACCAGAUGCAGGAGCACGUGGACCUGAGAGACCCCAACAUCGGGAACGCUCAGGAGCUCAAAGAAGCCAUCAAGAAGCUGCAGUGGAUGGCAGGGGGCACGUUCACGGGCGAGGCCCUGCAGUACACCCGGAGCCGGCUGCUGCCCGCCACCCAGAACAACCGGAUCGCCCUGGUCAUCACAGAUGGACGCUCGGACACCCAGAGGGACACCACGCCGCUCAGCGUGCUGUGUGGCCCCGACAUCCAGGUGGUAUCCGUGGGCAUCAAAGAUGUGUUUGGCCUGGUCCCAAGCUCCGAUCAGCUCAACGUCAUCUCCUGCCAAGGCCUGGUGUCCCCGAGCCGGCCAGGUAUCUCGCUCCUCAAGGAGAACUAUGCAGAACUGCUGGAAGACGCCUUUCUGAAGAACAUUACCUCCCAGAUCUGCAUAGACAAGAAGUGUCCAGAUUACACCUGCCCGAUCACCUUCUCCUCCCCGGCUGACAUCACCAUCCUGCUGGAUGGCUCGGCCAGCGUGGGAAGCCACAAUUUCGACACCACAAAGCGCUUCGCCAAGCGGCUGGCCGAGCGCUUCCUGACAGCGGGCAGGACAGACCCGGCCCAUGACGUGCGUGUGGCGGUGGUGCAGUAUAGCGGCACGGGGCAGCAGCAGCCGGGCCGUGCGUCCCUGCAGUUCCUGCAGAACCACACCAUGCUCGCCAGCACUGUGGACGCCAUGGCCUUCCUCAACCAUGCCACUGACGUCAACGACGCCCUCAGCUACGUGACCCGCUUCUACCGCGAGGCGUCAUCUGGCGCAGCCAAGAAGAAGCUGCUGCUCUUCUCGGAUGGCAACUCGCAGGGGGCCACAGCAGCGGCCGUGGAGAAGGCGGUGCAGGAGGCCCAGCGGGCCGGCAUCGAGAUCUUUGUGGUGGUGGUGGGCCGCCAGGUGAACGAGCCCCACAUCCGCGUCCUGGUCACGGGCAAGGCGGCCGAGUACGACGUGGCCUUUGGCGAACGCCACCUGUUCCGGGUGCCUGACUACCAGGCCCUGCUGCGGGGCGUCUUCCACCAGACCGUGUCCAGGAAGGUGGCACUGGGCUAGCCCACCCGGUCCCCAUCGCUGACACAGCAGAAACAUGAUGUGAAUUUCCCUGACCGACCUCUCAGCUAGACGUUCUUAAAGGAAAGCCGCUGUGUGCCCGAUGCCUGGCACACCUCCCGCAGGCUGCCCCGUGCCAGCGUCCCACCGGAGUCUCCUGGGCGUCCCACCCUCGCUUUCCUCAGCGCUUGAUUCUCCUCGCAGAUCCUACAGGACCCUCAGCACCUCCUCAGACGCAGCCUCCCGGCUCCUCCAUGGGAGACAGUGGCCGCGUGUCAUUUCUGGGAAGCCACGGCGGAGAGGAUCUCCUGAGUCCGAGGAGCCGGUGCCUGCUUUCAAGGUUCUGGUGCUCGGCCCAACCCCGUCCCCACGGCCUCGGCACAGAG